ACCGUUACGAUAAGAACGCUAGCCGCACACAUCAUAUCGCGUUCCCAACGAAUGACCUAUCCAAACGUAGAAGAAUGUCCCACGUCAAUCCCAAUCAACACCUCCAGGAGCACGACAAUCCCACAUUUGACCUCAGCUGGGACUACGGAUACGACACGGAACUACGCGUUGCACCGCCAAACAACGUGACUCCGGUUGUACACUCAGGAGAAAACCGAAUCAUCACUGCACAGCCACAAAAUCGCGAUAACAAUCUGUCGACGAUCGUGCCCCAGACGCCCAUCAGAUCAGUGAACAGCCCAUUUCUGACACCAUUCAACCCACGUUCAGGCUUGGAUUUCCUUUAUGGACUGGGAUCGAUCUUUAUCGAGCAAACCUGUGAACUCAACGAUUUUCUAUCAGCGGUUUCCUCAGAAAACCGUUACACCAUCCGCGGUCCUACGAAUGAAGCGCUGUACGGCGUAUCGGAGAGUUCAGAACCAAGCGAUCGCUGCUGGGGCUCGUUGCGGCCGUUUCAAUUGUCCCUAGUCGACCGGAGCCAUCAGGAGGUGUUGCUGUUGAAGAAAAAUCUCGGCUGUGGAAUCUUCUGUUGCUUUUGCAAGAACCAAUUCCUGGAGAUUUGGGCUACACCGGGAAUUUUGGUCGGCUGUAUCCAGCAGGACUAUGGACUCGUAUCGAGAGAGAUCAUCUUGAUGAAUGAGGAUUUGAAUACGAUGUUCCGGAUACCGAUUCCGCUAGUGAAUGCCAUAAGGAUGCCGAAAGAGACGCACUUCCGCGUGAUGGAUCGUAAUCUGAGUACGCAGAAGGGAACAAUCACCAGGGCGUGGAAUGUGGGGAGUUCUGCGUAUACGAAUAAUAUCUACUUUAGCGAACCGGAGCUGGACGUCCGGUUGAAGACGUUGUUUGUUGGGGCGGCUUUUAUGUUGGAAUAUUUAUACUUUCAAUCGAAAUGCUGCUGAACACUCAGCAAUUCUUGACUGACGCGGAUAAUUUUGUAAACACUAAAGAUAUUUC